AUGGAUCUCACGAAUCCGGACAGUAAACUCUUUGAGAUUGAAGGCGAAAUGCAGAGCGAAUAUCCUAUAUCCAUAACUCCAUGGCGUGAAUAUUAUGUCACAAGAGUGAUCUAUAGCGGUGGCACUCUCUGGAGAUCUCAAGAUGACUGGGAAUGCACACAUGUAUAUGCAUACUCUAGAGCUAAUGAUACGCUCUUAAUGAUGGGAUUCAAGAGGGCCAGACGGAGGGAAUAUAGAGCGCUGCACAGAGACAAGGGUGGAGAAUGGGAAGAUCUCAGUACUGAGUUCAAAGACAAAAGUGACCAAGAAAUCCAAAGUAUGCUUGAUAAUGUCAGAGGGAAUGUAAAUGCAUGUAAUUCCUCACCUCCAUCUCCAAGAUUUUCUCCCAUCAAACCACCUGUAUCUUCUCAUGGACCAGGGUUACCUGAACCAAAAUAUGACCAGGAUGAUACUAAAUUCAGUUGGGAUGAUUUGAUUAAGUAUGCCAAAGAAAUAGAAGAUGAAGAAAAGGAAGAGAAGUUGGAAAAUUUUAACAUUCAUACACAUGAGGAAUAUGAAGAUGAAGAAGUAGUGGAAGAUCAAAAUGAUACUACCCUCAUGAAAACUCCUAUAAGUGUCAAUGGAAAGCUUAUUAAUGUUAAUGGUACUCGUGUUGCCGAUUCUGGUAUUUCCACAACUUUUAGACAUAAAACCAGGAAAGACCCACCCCGUCUCAUAAUUGACAUAGAGCAGGGUCUCACCGGGACAUCACACACUAGAGAGUAUGGAGAUGAUUCUGAGAAAGUCAGAUUAGAUAAGUACGAAAAGCCAGAUUAUUCUGGAUUCUACAUGUUUACACAUGACUCACCAGAUGGACGACCAUUCAAGGUGAAGAAGUUAAAUUACAAACACCAAGAUAUCACAAAAUAUUUCGAAUUUGACAAUGACAAAGAAAUUGUUCACAUUGCAGUAUGGUAUUGGAAACAUAAUGGAAUGAAGAACCCUCUUCUUAUAGAAGUAUUGGAUGAGGAUGAAACUUACACCUAUCACUACAAUAAUGGUAGUCUUGAAUGGCAACAACUUUCUGAACAUAAGAACAAUAAUUCUGAGCUAAUUGGCGAACCACUCGAGCAAAUACUGGAUGACCUAAACUGUCGACUCAACGAUGCGGUUACUAUGGAUAUUACAGAGAAGGUGUCUACAUCAGAGACCUCGUAUUGUUGUGAUGGCCAUAAUGGAAGCGAAAAAAUAUCUUUAGAGAAAAAAGAUAUUCUUAUCGAUGGUAAAAUUUUUAAGGAAUAUUAUAAGCAUCAGAUUAAUGCUGGAGAUAAACUUGCAAAGAUCAAGUAUUAUCCAAAAAACGUUUCUGGAGAUGAUGAAAGAAGGGUAAUAACUACUAGAGGACUUACUUUUCCUAUAAAUAGAGCAGUUAGUGUAUAUGUAUUCUAUUGUAACAACAAGCCUGUGAUGAUACAUGUUGACUCCAAUCAAAAAAAGUGGUAUAAGAGGGAGAGUAAAAAUAGUCACGACUGGAAGAAUCUUGUUGGUGAACUUGAUGGUAAAGAUCCAGACAAUAUCAAAGGGUGUUCUGACUUGGAAAACAUGAAAGGUGAACUAGAGAAACUUGACUGCAGAGGACUAAAGGGAUGUAUCCAGUAUGGUAAACGUAUGAAUAGUUCUGUCGUAAUAUCCAGUACAGCUUCUAAUCCAAAAGUAGUUAUUCAGCUCUCACAAAAACCAGAUGUUGACAAUACUCCCACGUAUUAUUAUGGAGAUAUCUUGAGAAAUAAAAAGACUAAAGUUACAAGAUCUAUAUACCCUCUUAAUCCUUCUGCUGGACUGGCUCAGGACUUCUACAAGUAUACUCAUGAAAAUACAAAUAUAGGUCAGAAUUUAAAGCUUGAAAGGAUAAAUGAUGAUAAUAAUGAAAAUGUAGGACUUACAGAGGAUAACGUCUUAUCAAUUUCUGCCUAUUACUGGAAGUAUGAAAAUGGUAGCGGUCCACCUAAUAAGGCUCUUUUGGUGGAAGUGAUAAGAAAGGAUAGUCCCAAGUACAUUUAUUACGAGAAAAAUAGUACCAAAUAUAAAUGGGAACCUUACAAUCCCGCAGGAUCACACAAUGGACUGAUUCCUUACAAACUCCUCCAUAAGCUCACCUUGCUCAAUUGUGAGAUCAACAAUGUUGUUCAAAUCGAUGUUAGUAAGAUUGCUGAUUAUUGUCAUUAUAAUACUGACCCUAAACACGAAGAUGGUUAUACUAAAAAAAUUAAGGUUACUGAGACCGGACAAGGUUAUCUUGGAAACUACACUGCUUAUGCUCACUCUCCAUCUGGAGGCAAAUCAUUCGACAUAUCUAGAUUUACUAACAUAACUGAUGAGAUAAAACUUCAGGGCAUAAAUCCAUCAUUGCCAAUUAGAAAUGCUUCUAAAGUCACAGUAUUUAUGUGUGAUAAAAAUAGUCCUCACAACAAAACUCCUCUUCUUAUCCAUAUAGAAGCUCCUAGUAUUUCAAGGAAAUGGUUUAAAGGAACUAAUGGCGGUACAAAUUUGGAACAUACAUACAAGUUGAAUGUUAAUAAAUAUGAUGAUUACCCUGUCAUUGUUGACUUCCUAGAUACUCUGGAUAGUGAUUGCAGACCACCCGAAGUUACCAUAGAUAUUUAUAAAAGAGGAACUUCUGAUGGACCAGCGUUUCACUAUGAACAUACUUCUGAUAACCAUAAACAAAUUUAUGUUAUUGGUACUACAGUUACUAAUGUGCCAGGUUUUACAGAAUUCAUCCACAAGGUACAAAAUAGAAAAGGUAGUUACUUCACCAUUAAUAAGUUCAAAUACAGUGGAAAUAAUACUUCUGUAAUUGUUAAUGGAACCUCCAUAAAGUAUGUUACCAGUGUUUCAGUCUUCUACUGGUCUGCUCUAGAGUCUCCUGAAAGAAGGGAUAAGAGAGGAAGACCCUUGCUUGUUAAAGUGAUUACCAAAUUUCUUGGUGGAAAGAAAGCCACAGAAACUUACUAUGAAAAUAUUGGUGAAAAUACUAAUCUGAAUUGGCAAUUGGUUCCUGUAACUUCACAGGACCUCGCCCAGAAACUCCAACUUUUAAACUGUAGAGUCAAUAAUGCGGUGAUCAUAAAUGUUGGUAUUAAGGAGGAUACUACUUAUGAUACCUGUAAUGAUACUGAUAAACUGACCUUGGAUCCUCAUGGUGAAAGAACGCAAGUUAAGAAGGAUAAUACAUCUAAUACCUCUAUUAAACAGUACGAUGUAUACACCCAUACCUUAAACAAUGGUGGUGGAAACUUUCAUAUAGUAGGUUUUAUUAAUGGUGAUACCCCUAGAACAAAUCUUACUGGACUUUAUGUAAGUUACGAUAGACCCAUUCUUGACGUGAGUGAAGUAAGAGUCUACUUCUGCUCUAAGGAUAAGGUCAAAAGGCCUCUCCUAAUAUACUAUCAUAUCUCUAAUGGGGGAUCACCUGAACACAAGUGGUAUAAAAAUGAGAAUCCUGAUGAUAAAAAUGGUAGUUGGAAAGUUGUAACAGGAUUUAUACAGAAUACCUACAACCGCGGACCAAUACUCACAGUACCCAAUGGUCUUAGUCUCUGUGCUCAAUCUACUUCUGCUCAUGCUGAAACUACUUCCACCCUUAAUCAAGCUACUGAGGGAUCUCCUCCUACUCUUGCUCCUACUUCUUCUCCUCCUGGAACUACUACUCCUAAACUUACUGGAGUUCUUGAACUUCCUGCUAGUAUAGCUGGAUACUUUUUUGCUGGUUCUGCAGGAUCCGCUGCAACAUUUUUUGGAGGAUGGAAACUUUAUAAUCGCUAUAAAGGAGACCCUUGGGUUAGAUACGGAUAUCCUAUAGAGUUUAAAGAAUGUACCAUGUUGAGUAUGCAUGGAUCCACUCGUGGACAUUUACAACAAAACGAGUAA